CGGAAGUGUAAUUUUUGGACUUAAGCAAAACUUCGGCAUAUAUCGAGCGGCAGCGGCUCCGAGCUGAUUCAUAACUUUCGGGAUGAAAUAAUGGCCACCAGAAAGCUCUAAAACAGGCGGGAGGAUGUCUGUGGAGGUGGACGUGUUGCUGCAGGAGGCAAAAGAAAGCAUCGAGGCUGCCCAGAACUACCGCAGUGAACUCCAGCAGCGCUUGCAUGGCCUCAACCAGGCCCGCAAACAGGUUCGAGGUAGCUCGGGUCAGGCCCGCGAGGCCCUCCGGAGGCACUUUGCAGAGCUGCAGGCAGCAGCAACUCGACUGCUGACAGAGCGACUGACCACCCUGCUGGCUGAAGUGGACACCAUCGAAGCCGACAGCAUCAAGCCGCUGGAUGACUGUCAGAGUCUCAUUGAGCAUGGUGUGGGCCAAGCUGAUGAGCUGCUGAGAGAGGGAGAAGCAGCUCUGCGCUGUGGUCUUGGAGAGAAGGAGGACAAACUGGGCAGUUUCACCAAGAAGGCCAUGCAUAUCCAACUGGACAGCCUGCCAGAGGUACCAGCGUUAGUGGAUGUGCCAAGUGUUUCAGCCCAGCUGGAUGACUCCCUGCUGGGCCUGCUGAGGGACCGGGUGUCCCGCCACGGCUCCGUCUCCUCCCACCCUCCUGUUCAGAUAGAAGAGCUGCAGGAGAGACCUGGUAGCAUCUUUGUCCGCUGGUGUAAGGUGGACGAGGACUUUGCUGCAGCAGACUAUCGGCUGCAGUACCGGCGGUCUGGCAGCGGGGGGGGCCAAUAUGAGGAUGCCUACAUCGGUCGGGACUGUGAGUUCUUGGUCCUCCAUCUGGAUCCUCACAUCGAUUAUCUGUUUAGGGUCUGUGCCCGUGGGGAGGGUCGCACCGAGUGGAGCCCCUGGAGCAUCCCACAGACAGGAUACACCACACUGGCGCCGCACGAGUGGCGUUCAGGGACGGAGGGCUACAUCCUGAGCAGCAGGAGAAACAUUGCCCUGCGCAAUGACUCCUCCCAGUCUCGCUGCCCCGUCCUCUAUUCCAACGCCCCUACCUACUUCUGUGGCCAGACACUGACCUUCAAGAUCUCGGCAGCAGGUCAGAUGGAUCGCAGGGAUGGUCUUGGUGUGUGCAUUGGCAGCGACAGAGGAGGGGAGUCACUUCAGAGAGACCAGGCUGUCUGCAUUUCAACAAAUGGUGCUGUUUAUGUAAAUGGUAAAGAGAUGACCAACCAGCUGCCUGCUGUCACUGUUGGCUCUGCCGUGACUUUUGACAUGGAGGUGGUGAACCUGUUCCCCGUCAACAACAAUAACCUGAGCGACAGCAGCAACUUCAAGCUCAGAGUGACCAUUGGCUCAGGGAACCGGGAGGUGGUGUUCGAUUGGCUGGUGGACCAGGCGGUGGACUGCCUCUUCUUUGGCUGCUGCUUUGUCCACUCCGGCUGGAAAGUGCUUGUGUUUUAAAGGCUCCGUUUUUAAAAGAAUGGACCCUCGUGUAUUCAGGAGCCCCUCACCCAGGCUCCGUUAUCUUGAGUUUCUCUUCCGUUCCUUUUCUUCUCACAUCUGAAGUACUCACGGGGUGGCUGCAACAUCUGGAAAACAAAGAAAAAUCUGUCACUUCUCCCGAGAAUUUCAUUUCAUCAAGUGACAGCCACUAAUUUUCACACAUUUUCCACAGAAUCUGCAAUUCUGUCCUGGGUCUUUCCAGAAAUGGAAAAUCCCAGUGAUAAUGGGACAAUAUUAAUGAUGUGGGCGAAUAAUAGAAUUACGUGGACGAAUAAUAGAAUUAAAAAAGCUAAAAUGAGCUAGCCUGGUUCCAAACUACAGUCAUAGUCAAAGAAAAAUCUUCGCUUACUUGCAAGUAGAUAAUGUUUUGAAUGUGUGAUUUCCACAGCAGAACAGUAAAUAAUUGGAUUAAUGGACCACCACCAACCCGGUUUCUUGCAUGUAUGUAAACUCUCCAGGAGGAAAUGUUAUUUGUCCAGAUGAGUCCAGACUUUUUGAGAGCUCCUCCUCAGCCUUCAGGGACCUUUGUUGGAAGAAUGAUAUCUGUAUUCACAACAGCUUCUUGACUCUUAAUUUGUUUUACUUUGAUUCCCAGACCUUCUUACAAGGUUGGACAAUGUUUACAGCUCUUUGUUCUUGCUGUGGGGAGAGUUUUCAUCGAUCGUUCAUCUAUGCAUUGUCUUAAUUUAGUUGUAGUAGCAGUUCGAGAGCAUGUAGAAGAAGAGCACAUCCUGUAAGGACACACAAAGACGCAGGGCCUCUUUACAUGUUUUAACAGCUUAACCUGCUGGUCUGAGUUUAUUUUUUAUCCUAACAGAAACCAUUACUGUGAAAGUCACACCUCUUGAAGCCUCUUAAACUCAAAUGUCAGAAAUUUAAUGGGACAGUUCAACAAAAACACAAAGCAGCCGGAAUGUUUUCUGUCGUCUGCAGCUCAGGAGGGAAUUUGCAGACUCAAGACUGCAUUUGUCUGUGUUCUCCCAUAAAUAUUUCCUUAUUCUGAGAAAAAAUAUUGCUGUUGCAUUUGUUGUAUUUUAUCUGGUAAUGUAAUUCAUGUGCAAAUUCUUAUUGCAAGCAGUUGAGCUGUGACUCCUUUAAACUCUGAGCCAAACCCAGCUGAUGCUCAGUAAAUUUCUGGGGGGUUUGAACAGGAAAAGCUCAGUGGAACAAGCUUUAUGUAGAAAAAACUUUAAAGCAAUGCAUCUUCAGAUAUAUUGGCACACAGACACUUAAAAAUCCGACAGACAGCUCAGCUUUACAUUUAUAUUAAUAUUGGACAAUUGUUUUUUAUCCCAAGGUUAGAUUUGAACUAAAUCCUUAAAGAGACCACUGUCUACUCAAAGUAGGAAAGUACCUUAUUAAGUAUGUGAGUUUAUGAUUGACUCAGAUCGAUGCUCUGGGCUGCAGAGAUUUGUUUUUUGUUGAACUUUUCCUUAUAUUAAUCAAGCUGUUACUUUGCUUUUUAAGCUUCCUGCAGUGACAAUCCUAACAGUGUUCGCAAAUGUGUUGGUGGGAGGAAGAGUGUUUAAAUUUUAAGGAGCACAAAUAUAAGUUAUUAAUGCCUGUGUUAGUGGCAGAACUGAUCACUCAGACCUCGGAGCUUUGAUUCAGACGAGCAGAAACUCACCGAAAAGUCUUGAACAUACUAAACAGUACAUGAAGUGUCAGGACAACAGAUUAAUAAAUAUUUUUUAGAAUGACAUCUUCAGCACAUAAACAGGAGAUAAAACAAGGUCAACUUUAACAUUUCAAGAAGUUCAGCUGACCAUUUCUGAAUUAGAAGUUGAUCUGCAGGGAUUCCUGCUCGUCUUCAACAUCUUUUCCAAGCAGUUUAAUCACUGUUUCUCUGGAAUAUCUCAGAAUCUCUGUGGGCUUAAAAGCCAGUUCUACAGCCACAGCCUGAUUUUAUAUCCCUAUGUUAGUUGUCUAAUAGCUUCUUCUAACAGCAUCUUAGCAUUGUGAUCCAUGGCUUCACUUUACAGUUGCACUGUUGAGGCAAGUGCAUCAAAUUUCAGGUAUUUAUGUCUGUGCAUUGCUUAUGAGAGGAAAGUUGGAAAAUACUUUUAUUACAAAACAAGAAAAGCACUCAGAGAGCGCAGUACUCUGCCAAGGCUGCUCAUUUGUUGUAUCAUUUCUGACAGCUGAAAUCUCGGCACCAUAGAAUGUGGCCAUUUAAUAUAGAUGUAGCCACAAACAAAAUGACCUUGCGCUGAGCACAGGCGUGUAUUAUGCAUGUGUACAUUGUGUACAGAUGCCAUAUUGUGUGACCUAGAUAUGUAGCAGGCAACGGGAAUUGAUAGGACUCAGAAACACAACCACAAUUUAAUCAAUUGUUCCUUGAAUCAUUUCUGACAGAUAAGUCACGAUAAGUCCGCAACAGUCGGUUAGUAGUGGGAUCACAAUCAUGUGAUCGUCAGCAGGCAGCUGACGUAGAGUUCACUUGUUACAGUGAUGCCAUGUCGCUGUCUUGCAAUGAUGCAGAAAUCUUUAACAAAUCCGUGGAUCCAGACUAUAAGCCGCAUCACUGCCAGAAUCUAAUCAGUUGGUCCUUGUGUCAUUUCUGACCUUCCUUGAAAAUUUCAUCCAAAUUCGUUUGUCCGUUUUUGAAUAUUGUUGCUGACAGACAGACUGCUUUUAUUACUCCUCGGUGGAGUAUGAAAAGCAGCACAUACAAACUUUGCAUUUUACAGAUCUGUAGCUUGUAAUUCUGACAGCUGCAUUUGUACAGUGAUCAGCAGGGGGCACUGCAGAGAGGGGUAAUAAUGCAGCAGUCACUCGAAAACAUGUUUCUUACUUUUAUUCCUGGUUAAAUAAUAAAAAUGUGAGGUGAAUAUUAAAGCACAGCAAUUAAGUCAUUCGUUUUUAUUUUGUUGUACUAUCACAGCUUCACUUUUGAGCACGCUAAUUGUUCUUUUUAUCAGCUAAAUCACGCAAAGCUGCUGCUAUUGAGAGCAUUUUAUCGACUGCAGAUAUUUUCUGGGUAUUUAAAAAAUUGCUUUCCAGUUUUAAAUCACCGUGAGCUCUGGAUCUGAGUGAUUUAACUCUGGUACGGGGCCUCGUUCUGUCCAACAUAUUUAUGAGUUUAUUUGUCUCAUCUUUCUGUCUACUGUAAGUUUUAUUCUGUGUUUUUUGAUCUCUGGUGGAGAAAUCCCUCUACAAAAUCUGGACAAAUGUUAGGUCAAGAUUACAACAGGGAAGAAAAACAUGACUCCUCUUGUUCUAUGUUUUUAUAACAUGUAGCUCUUAGUUUUUUAAUGUGCAAAUCUGAAAUGAAGACAAGCAUCAGCGGGUGUUUGUCUUGCACACUUAGUGGACUGUUCUUGAUAACAUAGGAAGACUUCAGUGGUGGAGGACUGUCACUGAAUUCGUUCAUCACCACCGACUCAUCUGUUGUGCUUUUAUUUUUGAAAGAAACACCCAUUUCAGGCACCUAGCCUCAUCUUUUAUCAACAGAUGUUUAUCAUUCUGAUCAAGUCAGACACACAGCUUUUUGUUGUUUCACAGAUGUUUCCUUGUUUUUCAGCUGGACUGAGGACAGUGGGACCCAGGGUCGGGUCGAGAUCAUGGUACAAAUGUCCUGAAACCAGCGAAUAAAACCUCAAAAUAGACUUUCUCCUCAUAAGGAGGGAAAACUGUUGACUUUAGCAGCUGUUUGUGCAUCUAACACAACAGUUACAUCUGCUGGUCAAACCUCUGUGUUGCAUUUGUGUUCACUGCUGCAUCCUUCACAUUUUGUUCAAUAAAAGUCAUUGUGAUCCUCAUGAGGGGUAAA